AAUUGACAUCACUGAAUUGUUUCUGACGAAUAUGGCCGAAUUUUUUAAUUCUGGAUGUUGUCUUAAAGUGAAUGAGAAUUUAAAGUGUGCAAAUAAUUUUUUUACCAUUUCUGAUCAUUGAACUUAAAAUUACAAAAAUUUAGUGAUAUGAAUACAUGAAUUGGAUUGUUCGUCCAAUAAAUAUAACGCAAAGUAGGGCUGAAAAUUUGAGGACAAAGAGAUAAUUGACAACUAAAAUUAGCAAGCGAUCAAUGUGGUUCUGGAAAUGAUUUGUAAGGAGGACGUUGUAUGUUGGUUCAAAGAGUUAGAGAGUUACGAACGGAUAGAUACAAUGUGUACGCUGCUGAACAUGUGCCUUCCAUUUGAACUGCGGUUUCUGGGAACAUGUUUGGAGGAACUAGGUCGUCGCGAUUCUCAAGAAUUGCGCGGCAUUGAGCUGCGUGUAAACAAUCCUGUCGAGCUGGCUGCUGAUAUUUCAUCGUGUCGUGCGGGCGAUCCAACAGACAUAAAAAUCCGACGAAGGAUGGCACUCUAUUUGGCAUUGAUUCGGGUGUCAAAUCGAUCAUCUGUCACCGAAAUUUUUCAGACAUUAGAAGUGUGGGGCGACAAAGACUUUUUUAAAUUCGGCGAUGGUGAUCCGUUGCAGGAACUUUUACUUGUUUAUACGAUGGCCGCAAAUCAUCCCGUUUUUUCAUUCGAACAGCGUAUGAAGUGCGGUGAAAUUUAUAAUAAAAUAAACGAAUGUACCAAGGUGCUGGAAGGGCCCCGUCACACGGACCAACAUAAUUUUAACCAAACCAGUAGUGUCCAACCACAACAACAAAUUUCAACGCAAAAUUUGACCAAUUCGAUGAGUUCACCACCGCCGUCAUCUCAUCCACAUCAACUAAAUCAGCAACCCAUUCCGGUACUACCGGUACUGCCAAUGGGAUUUAACACAAUGACACAGAUGCUACCACCCGAUUCGAAUUUAACAUCUCCGAUGACUGUUGACGGCAUAACUCAAAUGAUACCACAUGGCUUAUCGUUAAACCACGACUUUGCAUUGUCCGGCCCGUGGGGUGUGCGUCACGGCAUGAUGCAUGCCAGCUACCCGCCACCAUCACUCGAACGAUUGAAAUUACAGGCAAUGUCAAUGUCAGUACCCCGGUCAUCAUCACCAAUGAGCCAACCAUCUUCGCCAGUGCCUAGCCGAACAUCUAGUCCAACCAGAAAUAGUUCGUUACAACAAAUCGUGCAACAACCGGUUCAACAACAGCAUCCGCAUAGAAGUAGUUCGCAUCAGCAACGAGCGUCGCCGAGUGUUAUUCAAAGGUCUAGUAGGCGUCCAUCGGACGAUAAAACACCACCGCCCCAACAGCAAUCUCAUCAACAACAACAGCAUCAUAUUGCUAAUAGUAAUGACUCGUCAAUACAACAUAAUACUAAAAACUACGAUGAAAUGGUCUUAAACGUUGACGGUGCAAUAAGCCAACUGAAGUCUAUCUAUCAGAACGGUUACAUUCGACAGAAUCAUCACACAAUUCCACGUCAAUCAAACAAAUCCAGUUAUUUGCAUCAUCAACAUCAUCACAAUAUGCAGCAGCAUCAUCAACAGCAGCAACAGCAGCAGCAUGCAAGUAAUUACAAUCAAAAUGCCAUGAACUUUACAUUACAAAAGGCCAAGCUGGACGUGAAUAGUGUAAUGGAAAAUCACACCAAUGCGGAUAGUGGACGACAAAAAUCAAUUGAAAGUGAUUCGGGCGGUAGUUCCGUGGAAUCUGUACCCGAAUCGCCACCGACCACACCAAUGAUGACCACCAAUAUGAUGCGACACAAUAUCAAGGAACAAAGAGGCAAAACAUCUUCAAGACAGAAUGGUCGUGCCGACAAAUUGGGCAAUACAGUUGCACAGCAUAUGUUCGUGCCCAAUCAUCAACCGCCACCAUAUUCGAUGAGUAGUUCUAGCGGCGAUGUACAGCAAACCAAUUUAAUAGUCAAUCCCACAGCGAUUGUGACAAAUAACAUAAUAGCGACCACAGCUGGAAUGAUUUCGACACAACACCACAUAUCAUCCCCAACAUCGGUGUGCGUUAACAGUGUGACAACAACGAAUCCACCCAUCAUGCUGCAACAAUUUCCAGCCCAGCACUUACAGCCCCAACUGACAGCAACGUAUCCAUAUCCAAUCCAACAUCGAUCUGCUCUCAUUUCGCAUAGUCAAAGUCAACCACCACUAACACAUCAACAUACCUUUCGGCACCCACAUCCAACGUUUCAAAUUCAACCGAAUGGUGACAUACUGUACCCUUACCCACCGACCCAAACAGCAAUAGCAUUUCUCCAGUCCACACCAACACAGACACCGUCGAACGUUCGAUUAUCACCGUCUAUACAAUCCACGCAACAGCAGCAGCAGCAACAACAACAACAAUCUCCAGUAGUUGACGCUACACCGAUCGUGGCAGCCGCCUACCCCACACAAAACAAAAUGAUAGUUUCAUGUUUUAAUUGCGGUUCGCAAUUGCACGCCGGUCGUGACUGCAGCGAAUCAUCGAUGGAAGAUGUUACGCGUGCAGCAAUUUAUAAAUUAGACUAUAGCGCGUACAUGGCAUCACUAUCCGAACAGGGUGCAUCGACAACAAUGACCGGAAGCGGCGGUAGUUCGACGUUAACCGAUUCGACAAUUAUGGACGGCAGUGGCCCAUCAUCAUCGACAAUACCAUCAACCUCAUCGACAUCGACGACACAAAUUGGUGCGAUAGCCGGCAGUAAGUGAUCGUUUACGAAUG